UUGUGGAGGAAGAUGGCGGCCGCCUGGGAGUUGUCCCUAACGGCUGCAGCGCUGAGAGCGGUAACGCUUUGGCCGAGGGGCAGGCUCCUCUCGGCCUCCCAGGGACUUCAGGCGCGUCGGGAAACUUCGUCCUCCAGCCCCGAGGCUGGCGAAGGGCAGAUCCGCCUCACGGAUAGCUGCAUCCAGAGGCUUCUGGAAAUCACCGAAGGGUCAGAAUUCCUCAGGCUGCAGGUGGAGGGAGGUGGAUGCUCCGGAUUCCAAUACAAAUUUUCACUGGAUACGGUUAUCAACCCCGACGACAGGCAAGGAAGAAGGAUUGGCUCGUUAGAGGAUGUAGAGGAGGAAUAAAAGUGUCUCCAGUUUAGGGUGCACUUUUCCCCACAUUUAAAGGGUUUGCUAAGGAUGGUUAACGCUGCCCUUCUCACACAGUGAGGAUGCAAUAAAAAUUUGUUGUCUUAAUUCGAAA